AUGGACGGACUCAAGCGCGCAAAAGCCACAAAGGCGGAGAUCGAAACCAACAUCUCCGUACUCAUGCCCCAGGACAAGAAAACCAGCACCCGCCCCCUCGUCGAAGAGGACCCCGAAAAUAUCCUCAUCAAGACCCUCCGCCAAGAUCAAAAGCUCCCCUGGAGCGAAAUCGCAAGCCACCUCAACCAAGAGCGCCUUUCCAAAGGCGAACCCGCAACCUUCACCGACGCCGCAGUCUACAGCCGCUUCGUCCGCAACGCCCCCCGCAUCGCCACCUCCGCCGGCGAAAUCGGCUUCGACCCCAAAGACUACAUGCAUCUGCGCAACCCAAACCAGUACUCCAACGCCGAAGGUACAGGUGUGCUUAGCAAGGCGGGUAAGAAGCGCAUCAAGGACUACAACAAUGCGACGGAGCUCAAGGACAACAUGCGCCAUGCGGUUCCUGCGGAGGUGCAUGAGAAUGAUUUGGAGACGCCGCAGAUGACGGAGCAGCUUGUGGAUGCGGUGGCGAGGUGUGAGCGUAACUUUUGGAAGUAUGUUGCUGAUGAGUUGGAGAGGGCGACUGCUAAGAUGUAUGAUGCUGAGAAGCUUGCUGAGCGCUAUCAUGCUAUUUGA